UUUCCGUCCGUCCUGCACAGGAGUGGCUUUUGUGUGGAGUAGAAAGGAGUCUGUGAGGCAGGAAGACAAGACAUUUCGAGUUGCGGAGGGAAAUGACCCGCCCGCACCCGGGGUGUGUCGGCGUCACGGUGACUGUCCUGCUCUCCCCCGUCACGUGGGACUGGGUCCUCUCUGAAAGGAGUUCUCAGUCCGCACCCAAAAACUUCACUUCUGAAACCAAAGUGUCGGGGAGGCCUGGAAGAGGCUCGCGAACGGCGGUGUCAAGUUCAAGCGCGCGAGUCAGUCACCUCAGAGCCGGCCCUGACUCGAAACCACGUCAGCGCGGGAUGGCAGAAGCCGUGCGCCCUCCUGCCGCCAAAAGGCCAGGCCUAGGAGAGGUGUUUGAGUUUGUCCCCCCCAGCCUUCCUUUGCAGAUGGGAAAGCCGAGGCCCAAAGAGGAUUUGCCCAGGGCCCCAAAUCUCCUUACCCCCCUCUAGUUUUCCUCUACACCCAGCACGAUUGAUGGUACCUGUCCUGCUAGGAAUUUUCUUUUAAGAUCUUACUUGUUUAUUGGACAGAGAGACCACAAGCAGGGGGAGCUGCAAGCAGAAGCAGAGGGGGAAGCAGGCUUCCCACGGCGCGGGGAGCCCUAUGCAGGGCUCCAUCCCAGGACCCUGGGAUCAUGACCCCAGCCAAAGGCAAAUGCUUAACUGACAGAGCCACCCAGGCGCCCCUAGGACGGAAUAUUUAAAUUCAAGACUUCCCUGACAAUUUUGGUUAUGCCAGCUUGCCAACUCAAUCCUGGGAUAAGAGACGGCAGGAAUGCUCUGUCGCUCCCUGAACUCAUGACUUUAACUCUGGGAAAUGGCUAUUCCAGCACUGUCUAGCAACAUACAUUCAGCUGGAUUGAGUAACUACGGAUUGAGCUCCCGCUGAGUUCUAGGAUUUGAGGAAACUCGUAAACAAGAUGGGAACAGCCCCAGCCUUCCAGGAGCAUGUUAUCAAACAAAAGAUUCAGAUAAGUAAACUCAACAGUACAGCAAAGCAAAAUAAAACAAAACACCCCAAUGGGAUAAUGCUGUGCUGCAGGUCGAGCUUCAGCCACUGCUGACUUGAGUUAGGGACGUGAACUAUACGACUCUUUAAUCACCCCCGCCCCAGGAGAUCAAGAGAAAUAUUCAAGAGACCCUUCCCCGAGACCCAUGCUAUUGGAGGCAACUCAGGAAGGGAGCGGUCGGUUGCCGAAUUGAGUGGCUUUGGGAAGGCAUUCACGAAUGAAGGGGGCACCCAGCCCUGGGAAGGCUGUUAGGUGGCUGGGGCUGGGGCGUUGCAAGGAGCUUUAAGGAGAGCAUGAAGCAGCUGGUGAGCAGGGAUGAAGAUGCAGUAUAAGAGAACAGAACAGAAAGGGUAGACGGAGUGCAGAUAAAACAUUAGUCCCAGAGGGCCCUAGCCAGCUGCAUCCCAGGCAAUCAGGAGCCGGGGAUUGGAGACCCCACCCCUGCCGUGACAUCACAGGGGAGUGGGGUGGAGACGAACAAAAAGGGGGUCCCCCGCCCUGGCCCUGGACUCUUGGCAGCCCAGAGUGUCAAGGGCAGAGAGAGCCUGGACACUGAGCUAGGGUUGCCUGACUUAAAGGAAGAGGCUCCCGGUUCCUCAAGCCCCUCCAAGCUUUGAUCUCUUUCUCCCUGUCCUGAGGACCUCUCCCCCCUGAGGCCACCAUUGGGUCCCUUUUGAGUGGCCCCUGAAUGCUCUCUCAGCAUGAACUGCGUGUCAGAUUUCUUCACCUACGAGACCACCAAGUCAGUGGUUGUGAAGAGCUGGACCAUUGGGGUCAUCAACCGGGCAGUCCAGCUUUUGAUCAUCUCCUACUUCGUGGGGUGGGUUUUCUUGCACGAGAAGGCUUACCAGGUGCGGGACACAGCCAUUGAGUCCUCGGUCGUCACCAAGGUGAAGGGCUUUGGACGCUAUGCCAACAGAGUCAUGGACGUGUCUGAUUAUGUGACCCCACCCCAGGGCACCUCUGUCUUUGUCAUCAUCACCAAGAUGAUAGUCACUGAAAACCAGAUGCAAGGAUUCUGCCCAGAGAGCGAGGAGAAGUACCGCUGUGUAUCAGACAGCCAGUGCGGGCCUCAGCGCUUCCCGGGUGGGGGGAUCCUCACCGGCCGGUGCGUGAACUACAGCUCUGUGCUCCGGACCUGUGAGAUCCAGGGCUGGUGCCCCACCGAGGUGGACACAGUGGAAAGGCCUGUCAUGAUGGAAGCCGAGAACUUUACUAUUUUCAUCAAGAACAGCAUCCGCUUCCCCCUCUUCAACUUUGAGAAGGGAAACCUCCUUCCCAACCUAACAGCCGCUGACAUGAAGACGUGCCGCUUCCACCCCGACAAGGCCCCCUUCUGCCCCAUCUUGCGGGUGGGGGAUGUGGUCAAGUUUGCAGGGCAGGAUUUUGCCAAGCUGGCCAGCACGGGUGGAGUCCUGGGCAUUAAGAUCGGCUGGGUGUGUGACCUGGACAGGGCCUGGGACCAGUGCAUCCCCAAAUACUCCUUCACCCGGCUCGACAGCGUCUCGGAGAAGAGCAGCGUCUCCCCAGGCUACAACUUCAGGUUUGCCAAGUACUACAAGAUGGAGAAUGGCAGUGAGUACCGCACACUCCUGAAGGCUUUUGGCAUCCGCUUUGACGUGCUGGUGUAUGGGAACGCUGGCAAGUUCAACAUCAUCCCCACCAUCAUCAGCUCUGUGGCAGCCUUCACCUCCGUGGGAGUGGGGACUGUCCUCUGUGACAUCAUCCUGCUCAACUUCCUCAAGGGGGCCGACCAGUACAAAGCCAAGAAGUUUGAGGAGGUGGAUGAGACAAUGCUGAAAGUCACUGCCUCAGCCCACCCAGUGUGCCCCAGCGACCAGACCACCGAGGAGAAGCAGUCCACGGAUUCGGGGGCCUUCUCCAUCGGCCACUAAGGCCUCUUCCAGGGCCCCAGGCUCACCCCUGGGCUCCAGGCCUCCCGAUAGGGCACCCCACCCGGGCGAGGGAGGAUGGAAAGGGGCGAGGCUUUCAUUUCUGCUGCUUACCCCACAAAGCCACGCCGGACCCAGGUGUCUGGGCUUCCCAGUGCCCUGGCAGACAGGUAGUAGCCCUGCUAAGACCUCCAUCUCCCCUUCACCCCUUGCCUUGCCCCUGUCAGCUUCCCAGGAGCCCCAGGGCAGCAGCACCUGAGUUGUCCCCCUUCUGAAGAGUAGAGAACGUAAUAGUAAUAACAGGUGGUCACAAGGCACUACCAAGUGCCAGGCAGCAUCACACACAUUAUCUCAUUUAACCCUUAGAAUAAUCCGAUGAGGUAGAUAAUAGUUUCCCUGUUUUGAAGCUGAACUGAGGCUCAGAGAGACUGAGUCAUUUGCCCAAGGCCACACAGCCAAGAAGCAAGAGGGCUGCGAUUUGAACCCAGAUCUAACUCCAUCACCCACGCCCACAAGAGAAGAGUGAACUCCCAGGGGUCAUCGGCCCCUGUGGCUUCAGCCUUCCCCACAGUGACCUGGAUUAGGUUCUGCUUAAUAAAGAGUAAGCCCCGUGCUUUCAAUAGGAACUCGGGCCCCAUUUUAGUGGAGACCAGUUAGAUAGUGAUGCAGGUCUCUCUCUCUGACUUGGGUGGAUCCCCAAUUCAGAAGUAAAGAGGAGGCAUGACUUAGCUCUGUCCCCAACCAGGGAAGGGCCAUUCUGUUCUCUCUCUGGGCCCCCCACUCCAGCAGUGGAAUUAGGCCACCCCUAGGGUGGGCGUGAUUCCCAGACCCAGGCCCUUUUCUCAGCGGGCCGUGCUCCUUUAUGACGCUGGUGAACAGGCUGCAGUGAGGCCCGAUGCCCUGUGAGCAGGUGGUCAGCCAGGACACCCCCCACGGGGUCCUAAUCGGUGGUCAGUGUUCAAGUGCUAGAAUCCCUAUUGUCCCACUCUCCUGUUUACAGAUGAGCAGUCCGAGGCCAGAGAGGGGAAAUGACUUGGGUCACACAGUUAGUGGCCAAACGAGAACCCAGGUGUCCUGGCAAGAGCAAGGAGCCAGAAAGCCUGCUGUGGGAGCAUCUAGUCCCCCCACACCUCUGUCAGCCUGGCGUCCCCUCCCCGUUCUGUGCUCUCCUCCAGUGAGAGGCCCGGGAGUCUCCCCAGGGCAGAGCUCAGGAGCAGACCCAGGUCUUCGGAAGACUGAAGCAUAUACAAUUUAGGGCAUCUUUUCAAAAUAAUACGAAAUUAGGUGUUAGAAGGGGCUCAUGCAUGAGGGUGGCCCUGAAGGACGAAUUUCAUUAGCCCCACUGUCUGGAGGCGUCUGGAAAAGUUGGAGUGCAGGCAUGACCAUGUGGUCUGAGCUGCAAGGAGCUUGCCUGCAGAUGGAGGGCCGGCCCCUCUACAGAAGGCGCAGGGAGAUGGCGGGGUAUGGGGGGGACAGCUUUGGAAGUCAUUUGGAAGGGACUGGUUUAGGGGCAGCGGGCACUUGCAAAGGCCUGACCCCAGUGAUGCCCCCCUCUGGGGGAAAGGGCUCAGAUUCCGUCGCAGGAGGCCCAUCGCGCCUUCCCCUGCUCGGCCUUCACCCCAGCUCAUCCUCAGACUGGUGGGAUCACACCUCCCCAGGGGUGGCCUCGGGCAUCAGGCCGUGUCCAGAGGUCUGAGCAGCAGAGACAUCAGCGGAGGCCGUGUUCUGCACCCGGGAGGCCCACAGGCAGCCCCGGCAGGGGCACAGGGGUGUUCCCUGCAGAGGAGACUGCAGCAACCGUGCCCUCCCUUCCCUCCGGACCGGGGUGGCCCUCCCGCGGGUACAGCAGCCACUCCCGGGCCUGCCAGCAAGCGUGUGAACUCGGGGCGGCGACCCGCCAUGCGGGCCACACGGAGCUGAGCCACGGCUUCUGGGCGCUAGAUGGACAGCUGUCGUCUGUAGUAGCGACAGCCGCUGGCUGGACCCUGCCGCAUCCCCAACGCGCCAACCCUGCUGGGGUUGCCGUGGCUUGUCACUAAUCCUACCGGAUGGAAAAAGAAAUCUGGAAUCCGUGGAAGUUUGAACUGGAGCCCAUACUCACUCCUAGCAGUUGUGUCUGUAGUUACCCGGCAUAAAAGCUAACAUUUAGAGA